UGAUUUUCAAUAGCUUUUCCCUAUAUAACUUGACAUCAUUCAUCUGUAACGAAAUUUAAUUGUGAAAAAUUAAAGAGCAAGCAAAAAACAAUGACUACUAAACAUAAAGGCCAAAACUCCGACCUAAUACCUAAAAGACUGCAUCAACUUCAUCCUGAAAUGGAGAAUAUUAUCAUAACAGCUAUGGUGCUUAACAAAUCCGAGCCAUGUAUAUUUCUAUCCAAAAAUGAUAGCCAAUAUAAAGCUGUGGUAAAUUUCACUUUACGUGACUCAAAACAAGACAUCGUCAACUGCACUUAUUGGUGUUCUCGCGAGAAGGUGGAAGAAUGCAGUGAUCUUAUUCAAUUGGGCAGUAUGGUCGAUGUUGUCCGACCGAAAAUUACUUUGAUAAGUCAGACGGGCGAUUCGAAUCAAGCUCAAUAUCAGCCUGUACCUACUUUGCCCAUUUUAUUGGUUUGUAAUGAAGGAGAAGGGUAUAUAGAAACACAUAACCACUAUGCUGAUAUGGAAAGAUAUGCUGAAAUGAAAUUAUUGAAACACCAAUCACACAAACCUUUGCAUUCUGUGCUGAAUCUAUCCGAUGUACGUUAUAGCGACACAAUUACUCCAGAUUUAAACAUCGAUUUUCUGGUAGUCGUUGGUCUUGUGAAGACUCCUAGAGAGAUACGAACCUCAAGAGAUGGAAAGCCCAGACGUUGUUGUGAGAUUAUUGUUUUCGACCAAAGCCUACCUAGCGGUAUGACCCUAACCAUUUGGCAUGGAGAUUGGUUAAAAAAGGCAGAGGAAUAUUGGCAGCCCAUGAGAACUGUCUUACACCUUAUUGAUGUUAAAGUGUCUUUUUCGGACUAUUAUAAAUCGUGUAUUUUGACCACAACCUCAAGAAGUAUAAUCUAUGAAAAUCCUAUAGGAGUUGAAACCAAUAAUCUGCAAAGAUUUGCAGAUUCUACACCACGUGCACCGUUCGACAUUUGUGCCCAAGUAGUGUCGGAUAAUUUACCAAAACCUGAAGAUAUUCAAACACCGAUGACGGUUCGUCAGAUAUAUUCUCGUGCCGAAUGUCAACUGCGUGACAACUCCGAACAGUUUACAGCUGUACUUUAUGCCAUGAUUACAAAAUUCGAUGUAGACUGGCAAAACUUGGUAAUAAGCAAACGAUGCAAAGCCUGCAAUCGUAUGAUUAGCCAAUCAAAAUCCUUAUGUGACAACGAGCAAUGCCACCUUUCGUUCUCCUUCGGUUAUACGGGUGAUAAAUUUGACUUAUAUUUCAAUAUAAAUCUACAUUUCACUGAUAACACCGGCACCUUGUUGGAGGCUCGUUUGUCUGAUGCCAUUGCCGGCAGAAUUUUGGAUAUAUCCUGCGAGCGCUUUCUGCAAUAUAACGAUCAGGAGCUGGAGAGCUUGAAGUGGCGAUUUCUCCUUAAACAUUUUGAGGCAAAGCUCUUGAUAAAGAAGCCCAAUACCUUGAGACGCAAACUGACUGUUGUAAUCAUUGACAUGAGACCAAUUGAUUUGGACGAAUUGGCAAAUAAUAUAGCUAUUUUCUAAACAUAACAAAUUUAUUUUUUUAUUUUAAAUAAAGUUUAACUACCCGAUAUAGAGUUAUUUUAAAAUGUAA